GCUUUUAAAUUAAAAAAAAAAAAAUUAAAAGCCACCCGAACAGUGCUGCAAAUCAGUUGAGGAAAGAGGAUUUUGCCUGCCUUCUUCCUUAUUAUUUUCCCUGCUGCAAGCCUGCUUUGCAAUCUGUAGUUCUGUACCUUUUUAGAACCUGAAAUUCAUGCAAGUGAAGCUCACAGUGGUACAGACUUCUAGUGAUGGUCAAACCAGCUGUUCAUUAGGGGAAAUACUGUGCCUUAUGGACACAGACAUCAGUCCCAGCUCCUUUUUUUUUCCUUGUCUGAAUUAGAAGCUCCAGGAAUGUGCUAAUUGGCGGCGGCCUCAUUAGAGGGGCAAAAGGCAGAGCACAAAGAAUUUUCAGUACAAGAUCCAUUUGUCAUCAAGUUACGUGUCUUGCCAACAGCAUCCAGCAAGUGACUCAAAGCAGACAAAUAGUUUAUUUCUAUAUACUGAGCUGCCCAAAGGUAAAUGAAUCUUGUUAUGUGAGGACGCCGAAGAAGACAGCAGCUACUAAGGGGAGGAAGCCACUCGUGUAACACUCAGAUUGAGGGAUUUUAAUGGCUUUCAGGUAGAAGCCAAGUGGAGACAAUCAAAAUGAAUUCUAUGGACAGGCACAUACAGCAGACCAAUGACCGGCUGCAGUGUAUAAAACAGCACUUACAGAAUCCUGCCAACUUUCAUAAUGCAGCUACAGAGCUCCUGGACUGGUGUGGAGAUCCCAGAGCUUUCCAGAGACCUUUUGAGCAGAGCCUGAUGGGCUGUUUGACGGUUGUUAGUCGAGUGGCAGCACAGCAAGGAUUUGACUUGGAUCUUGGCUACAGGCUACUGGCAGUAUGUGCAGCCAACAGGGAUAAAUUCACUCCCAAAUCAGCUGCCCUGCUUUCGUCGUGGUGUGAGGAGUUGGGACGGCUCUUGCUGCUUCGUCACCAGAAAAGCCGGCAAAACGAUCCCCCUGGGAAGCUACCCAUGCAACCCCCCAUGAACUCUAUGAGCUCCAUGAAACCCACGCUUUCUCAUAGUGAUGGGUCUUUCCCUUAUGACUCUGUUCCCUGGCAGCAAAACACCAAUCAGCCACCAGGUUCUUUAUCAGUGGUCACUACAGUAUGGGGUGUGACUAAUACCUCCCAAAGCCAGGUGCUGGGAAACCCAAUGGCAAAUGCUAACAAUCCUAUGAACCCAGCAGGAAACCCCAUGGCUUCUGGGAUGACUACCAGCAACCCUGGCAUUAAUUCCCCCCAGUUUGCUGGGCAGCAACAGCAGUUUUCAGCCAAGGCAGGCUCCACUCAGCCUUAUAUACAGCAGGGCAUGUAUGGGCGACCCAAUUAUCCUGGAAGUGGAGGCUUUGGUGGGAGUUACCCUGGUGGCCCAAAUACCCCUGCAGGAAUGGGAAUCCCUCCACACACGAGGCCGCCAGCAGAUUUCACUCAGCCAGCUGCAGCUGCUGCUGCUGCAGCAGUUGCAGCUGCUGCUGCUACAGCAACAGCUACAGCUACAGCCACUGUAGCAGCCCUUCAGGAAACCCAGAACAAGGACAUGAACCAGUAUGGACCGGUUUGUUCCUCUUUCCAGAUGGGUCCCACUCAGGCUUACAACAACCAGUUUAUGAACCAACCUGGCCCUCGGGGCCCUGCUUCUAUGCCAGGCAACAUGAACCCAGCAAGCAUGGGAGCAGGAAUGACACCUUCCAGUAUGAGCGGGCCUCCGAUGGGUAUGAACCAGCCCAGGCCUCCUGGGAUGAGUCCCUUUAGUACCCAUGGGCAGAGAAUGCCACAGCAAGCUUACCCAGGACCACGACCCCAGUCUCUGCCUAUACAGGGCAUGAAGAGACCAUACCCAGGAGAGCCAAAUUAUGGAAACCAGCAGUAUGGACCAAAUAGCCAGUUUCCUAACCAGCCUGGUCAGUAUCCAACUCCCAACCCUCCAAGGCCUCUUACAUCUCCCAACUACCCUGGACAGAGAAUGCCAAACCAGCAAAGCACGGGGCAGUACCCUCCUCCAACAGUCAACAUGGGACAGUAUUAUAAGCCAUCAAGGCCUGUACCUGUGGCAAAUUACCCUCAUUCACCUGUUCCGGGAAACCCCACACCACCUAUGACUCCAGGGAGCAAUAUUCCUCCAUACCUGUCGCCUAAUCAGGAUGUCAAACCGCCAUUCCCACCUGACAUUAAGCCAAAUAUCAAUGCUUUACCACCACCUCCAAAUGCUAAAGGGAAAGUUCACACUUUCUCUCCCUCUUCGAUCCCAGCCAACCACAAUGAUGAACUGCGUCUGACAUUCCCUGUAAGAGAUGGAGUGGUAUUAGAACCCUUCCGGCUGGAACACAACCUGGCAGUCAGUAACCACGUCUUUCAUCUACGGCCAACUGUUCAUCAGACAUUGAUGUGGAGGUCUGACUUGGAGCUACAGUUCAAGUGCUACCACCAUGAAGACAGACAAAUGAACACAAACUGGCCAGCUUCAGUCCAGGUCAGCGUUAAUGCAACCCCACUUACCAUUGAACGUGGAGACAACAAGACAUCUCAUAAACCUCUGCACCUAAAGCACGUCUGUCAGCCAGGAAGAAACACGAUUCAAAUUACAGUCACAGCAUGUUGUUGUUCACACUUGUUCGUGUUGCAGUUAGUACACCGGCCAUCAGUGCGUUCUGUACUUCAAGGCCUGCUAAAGAAACGUCUUCUCCCAGCAGAACAUUGUAUCACAAAGAUAAAGAGGAACUUCAGCAGUGUGGCAGCCUCUUCUGGGAAUGCAACACUAAAUGGUGAGGAUGGAGUGGAGCAGACUGCUAUUAAAGUGUCUCUGAAGUGUCCAAUCACAUUCCGGCGGAUUCAGCUCCCAGCAAGAGGCCAUGAUUGCAAGCAUGUACAAUGCUUUGAUCUGGAAUCUUACUUGCAACUGAACUGUGAACGAGGAACUUGGAGGUGUCCUGUAUGCAAUAAAACUGCUCUGCUUGAGGGCUUGGAGGUCGACCAGUAUAUGUGGGGGAUUCUGAAUGCUAUACAAAACUCUGAGUUUGAGGAGGUUACCAUUGAUCCAACAUGCAGUUGGAGGCCGGUCCCUAUAAAGUCAGACAUUCACAUCAAAGAUGAUCCAGAUGGCAUUCCUUCCAAGAGAUUUAAAACCAUGAGUCCCAGCCAGAUGAUCAUGCCAAAUGUGAUGGAGAUGAUUGCAGCUUUGGGUCCUGGUCCUUCUCCUUACCCAUCCCUCCCACCACCUCCAGGGGGCAACAACUCCACUGAGUAUGGUAACCAAGGUAACAGUUACCAAGGUCAUGGCAAUUUUGAUUUCCCUCAUGGGAAUCCUGGUGGAACUUCCAUGAAUGACUUCAUGCAUGGGCCACAGCUGUCCCACCCUCCAGACAUGCCAAGCAGCAUGGCAGCUCUUGACAAGCCUCUCAGCCACCCCAUGCAGGAAUCUAUCCCUCAUCCUGGCAGCACUGAUCAAUCCCAUAGUUCCAUGCAGCAAGGUUUGCACGUACCUCACCCCAGCAGCCAGUCAGGGCAGCCAUUACAUCACAGUGGUCCUCCUACCCAGCAGUCCCGGCAGCCACCACAGGCCGCUUCUAGCAACCAUCCACACAGUGACCUGACCUUUAACCCCUCCUCAGCCUUAGAAGGUCAGGCUGGUGGACAGGGAGCAUCUGACAUGCCGGAGCCCUCACUGGAUCUGCUUCCAGAACUCACAAAUCCAGAUGAGCUGCUUUCGUACCUGGAUCCUCCUGACUUGCCAAGCAAUAGCAAUGACGACCUUCUUUCUCUCUUUGAGAAUAACUGAAAUCAUGUGUAUUUCCCCCAUCCCUCUCACUUGUUCACACAUGUGUGGCUGCACAACAAGGAUCUUAACACUCCCUUUCCACAGAAGAUAAAACAAACUCACGACUGUGAUCAAUGGUGCACUCCCUGCUUUCUUCAUCUCCGAACUGUUUUUGUCAGCAUCACGGACUGUGAAAGCAACGGGAGGAAAACAUAAACAAACGUGGUGAUCUCAGACUUCUGCUAAGCAUCACAACAAAGCAUAGACAAUUGUGCAGCUAUUGGAAACCCCAUUCUUUGUUAAUCCCAUAGAGAGAGAGUUCUGUGAUACACAUAGUGUAAAGUAUCCUGGCAAAAACCAAUCUUGGAAAGAGGAAAAGGCAACAAAAUGGAACUGUCUUAAUUGACCAGUCUCAGAAUGUCCUUCCAACGACUGUUCUUCCAUUUUUUUUAAAACUGUAUCUCCCUUCUACCCACUUACCUUUCUCCACUUUCCCCAAUUGCAGAUUUGUGUUGGACAAAUUGUAUUGGCCACACACACAGGAAAACAAAACAAUACAAACAAACAAACAAAACCACAUAAAACACCAAAAAGCACAAAUUGUACAAUAAAAUGUCAAGGGUAGGGAAGAAACACAAACGGCAUCAAAGGGAGACUUCUGGUUAGCUAAUGUUUUGUCUUCAGUAGAGGAGCCCUGUGAAUCUCCAGGCUGCAGCCAGUGUGUGUUUGGGUUUAUGAAAUGCAGGAAUCUUCCAUGCUCAUUUGCAAACGAUUCCUCUGCUCAAAUGCGCAGACUUAAUGGGGGGAGGAGGAAGCAACUUUUCUCUUUAUUUUUUUUCUUUUUGCUGGUUUUGGUUUCAAAUCACUGCCAUUUGUGGCUGCAUUAAUAUCCAACUGUUGAAAUUUAUUUGAUAUAUAUAUACAUAUAUAUAUAUAUUUGCCAUAUAUCCAUACAAGGCUAUAUCCAUACAAGGGGCAGGGGUAGUGCAAACCAAAAUGUUCUUGAUUAUCACCCAGAGCCUUCAGAUUCCUCAGCCUCUGUAUCAUUUGGUUUUCUGUACUGCACAAUGCAUAGUGAGAUGAGCUGGGUGAAGGAAAAUCAAAAAAUACUGUAACAUCACUAACAGCAUAUUUUUAUUAAUAAUCAACUUGAAAGGGGCACUGGAAUUGGACAGACACCUUAGAGCUUCUCUUGUUUUGCUUUACGUUUUGUUUUCAAGACUGUUACAUAUAGUUUUGCCUUUUACUUUUCUUCUUCCUUUAUUUUAACUCUUGAGCUGCCAGGAUGUUUGUUCACCAAGGAUGGGCAUGGGGAAAAUAAGUAAUUUUUGGUAUGUUACUACUGCCCUCGGCAGACCCAGUGCCACAAUCACUGUCUUGCCCCUGUGAUCUGUGCUCCUCGUGUGGUUGCUUCUCCUGCAUGAGCUUCCUAUUGCUUCUGUGCCCAUUUUUGUGUGCACUCUCUCUCUCUCUCUCUCUCUCUCUCUCUCUCUCUCUCUCUCUCUCUCUCUCUCUCUCUCUUAUAAAUUAUGUACAGUAGCUGUGUAAGAAGUGCAUGUGUGCCAACUUUGCCCUUGUGGUGCGACAUUUCAGCUUUUGCCCACUGUACAGUUCUUGUUUUCUUUGUUACUAAGACAAAUUUGUCCAACCCAUUUCCUCAUCCCAACUCCAAUCCAAUAUGUCCUUAUUUGUGCUCAACUAUAAGUUUUCAACUUAAGUGCCAGACAGAAUAAUGUUGGGUUUUUUGUUGUUACUGUUGUUCUUGUCUCUUUGAAUAGGUAAUUCUCCCCCUCCUUUAGUUUGCGAUGUAAAUGGCAUGCCAUGUGCUUACAGUUCUGGAUUUGCUUUCCUCACCAAAGUCAUUUUUGUAAAUUCUUUUUGUUAAAGUUUCCCACUACUGCUGUACAUGCGUCGUGAUAUAUAUAUGCUAGUCAGCAGCACCUUGCUGUAGAUAUUAAAGGAAAUGGCAGUUUAGUUCUUUUAUUUUCCAGUAGGAGUAUUGAAUCUGUCAAACAUUUUAUGUAGAGAUGUUCCCACACUUAUAUUUUUCCUGUUUCGAGUUUUUUUUAAAAGGGCGCUGUUCAUUAUGCAAAAUCAAUUAUUUUAAGAAUUGCUAUUGUAAAUAUCUUUGUGAAUAUUUUAGUAUUGUCUUUGAUAAUAUUCAACAUUUUCAUGAUCUGGUUAUACUUUUGCUGGUGUUUUUAAAUACCUUGUCUGAAGAAAAAUAUGGGUCCUUUUUUAAAAAAAAAAAUAACGAGGGUUCUUUAACAGAAUAAGGGAGCAUUUUUUUUCCUUUGAUAAAUUAGCCCAACCUUCUUAUCCAUUUCUUAGAUGAAUUGAUACAUCAUGCAGUACCUGGACGAUCAGGGUCCAGCUCUGUCAUGCAAACAGGAUACUAGGUGAUUGCUUGGGGCAAAAGUAAAAUGUUCAUUGACUGUGUGUGGCUGAUUGUGGGCUGGUAAUGACAGGUAUCGGGCCAGUUUGCCUCAGUCAACAGAACAGCUAGCACCAGCUGUUUGAACAAGUAAAUGUGCACUAUGGCAAGCAGCAAGUCUAUAAGGUACAAUAUUUAUAUCACUCUAUUGGCAUUCUGGUCUUUGAAACUGGAGCGCUCUAACACUUGGGGCUGUUGGUGGGGGGGAAGGGGAGGGAAACAAUACGUUAUGUUUGUUCUGCUUAGAAUUGUCUUUUUUCUUAUGUAGAAUUGACAGCCAGUAGAGAAUCUCUACACAAUAUUAAUGAUACCUUUAUAAUACACAGUGACAUGGUUGUGGUGUGGUGCUAUGAUCACACAACUGGUAGGAAAGACCAUUCUUCAGUAACAAAUGUGUUUUGUAGCCAUUUUACUGUAGUAGUUUUUCCCUGUAUUUUGCUGCAUCAUUUAUAUAGGUGUUUAAGUCAUUUGCAUGGGCAGAUAAUGAUAAACUGACAAUGUAUUGCCCUUAGGGAUUUUUUUUUUAGCCAUAGAUCUUGGAAUAAAGAAUGCUUCUUGCUAUGAGCUGGAACUGGUUGCUCGGAUUCUAGUCUGGUUCUAUUAAAUUGCUUCACCCCAUUGUUGUUCGAGCAGCUGACUAAAUUUGCAACCUGAAAAGAUUCUUCUAUUUAAGAACAAAUACUCAUUUCAGAUCAGAUGUAUUAAGGAUUGAUCUUUUGCUAUAGUAUUGUAACUGUAUCAUUUACAGAGGUACCUGUUGGAAAGCAUAAAGGGACAAAACUCACAAAGAAUAGCAACAUGUUAUGGGUGGUUUUUGCAUUUACUUUGAACAGUAAUAGCGGAGAAUUAAAACAGACCUUUUUGCAGUUGAUGUUUUAAGUCUAUGGGAAUAUUUGCUUUCUAAGACAGUAAUACAAUAUGGUUCUUAGCCAUCACCCGACUGUCGAACAUUUGAGACAGUUUCAGGACUCUCUGUCAGUUAAAAUCAGGUACUGUACAGGGGAUUCAGCAUGGAAAAGCUUUUAAAUGAAAAUGUAAUUAACUUUUAAUCUUUUCACUGCCAUAAUGUUAAAAUGUAGAGAAAGACCUACCAAAUAGGAUAAUCACAGUCAUUUUCCUUUAAAGCUCAAUUAUGAUAUGAAAUUCCCAGUAGUGUUUUUAUUAUACUUUUGUUUAUUUUUUUAAAAUCGUUCCCCUUUGGAAGCUCAUCUGGGAAAGAACCCACAGAGAUCUACAAUUCUGCUGCCAAGACAUUAUUAUAGGACUGACAGAUACACGCCAAUGUCUGCAGUGGAGACUCAAGGGACAGCUGUACAUAUGUAAAUGACAAAUAGAGACAUGUUAACAGAAAUGCAUUCAUUUUCCUUGGAAUGUGCAUUGUUUUUAUUUCACAGGAAAAAAAAAAAGCUUGAAGCUCCAUCUUAUGUGGAAAAUGAAUCCUGUUUGUUAGCGUUUGUGAAGUCUCAGCAUUUGUUUCACUUUCACUUCUGUAAUAUACUCUGACCCCUUGUUUUGUUUUGUUUUACCUACAUGUAAUAUCUAGCUUAUGUGUACUAGUCUAUCACCUGUGUAUUUUUAGGGUGCUACAGAAAUAAUGAAGAAAAUAAGGGGAUUAAAAAAAUUGUAACCAAAUUCAUACUUUGUACAAUUUUUGAUAUCACGAUCAGAAGAGAAUUAAAAAAAAAAGUACAAUCUGAAGUAACAUGCAAAAAUGGCCAUUGUCCUUGUUUGUACAUUGUAUGUACAGUACAAUGCAAUCAUUUCAUACUUUAAACUGGUCAGAAAAAAAUAAUUGUGAUUUUUAGUCUUGCAAAACUGUAUGUAGUUAGAUGAUGUGACAACCUAAUAUUUAUCUAAUAAAUAUGUAUUCAGAUGAAACCUGUAUAUUAGGUGUUCAUGUGGUUAUUUUGUAUUUAAAGAUCAAAUUAUUUGACUAUUGCUAGACAUUUAUAUACUCUGUUGUAACACUGAAGUAUUCUCAUUUGCUCAUGUUAUUUUUUUUCCUAAAUAAAUUUGCAAAAAUUAA